AUGGCUCCGAAAACCCUCACAAGCCUGCCUUCUGAGAUUCGUCAGCAAAUCUUCAGAGAGUGUCUAGAGGUAGACGGGGGCUAUGUCUAUGAUGUUCAGACCGACAAACUGACAAAUGCCGACGGGAACGCGAUUGAUCUAUCCCUUCUUUAUACUUGCCGGUCGAUCGCAAAUGACACGAGGGCGAUGCCACUGGCAGUCAAUACUAUCCGGUUCUCAACUGUCUUCCGUCAAGACUGGUGUAACUUGGCUGGCUGCUUCGCUCUUGCUGCUACUACUCACUACGUACUGGAGCAAGACUUUGUGUUUCAUUUAGCUCAUUUCAUCACCCAUGAGAUGUACGCCGAGCUAGACCUAGUAUGCCCGGGCUUUCAGGAAAAACUUGAGAUUGCGCUCGGCGACCACGAGAGAUGGAUACAUGAGAACAACGACCCUGGAUACUUUUUCCAGACUGCCACGUUGCUAGCCAAGCGACCUGCCGUGUGCAGCAUGGUACGACAAUUUUUGAAAAGGGUCGACUUGUUCAAGAUGAAUGGGCCGUUUCUAGGCCGCCUUGACUUUCGCCUUCUCCACACUGAAGCCGAUGCAAACGUCUGCAGUGUUUUAGCAGAGCGAAAAAAGCGGCCGGAAUGGGCCCAAGGCGAGCUGCGGGACGCAACAGGGCAUUGUCUAAAACUUAUCUCGGAGGCACAACCUGAUGAGUUUGCGACAUAUGUAUACAAGUCGCUCCCGCACUGGAUUGGAAGUCGCCCCGCCGAAGAUUUUAUCAACCUAAGAUUCAACUUGUGGGACAUCCCUUCUCAGGAGCGAGUUGCCCAAAUGCUUGAGUUGUUUGAGAUUGGGGCGUUUGUUUGGGACCUUCCAGCUACCUGGUACUACGCACCGCUCAGCUUCUACGAUCAAGUUGGCAAAGGCGUUCCGCAAGAUCGACGUUCUCCAGAGUUUGAGAAACCGGAUAACUUAUUGGAGCACUUCACCAGUCGGUGUCGUGAGAAGCUCAGGUUUUCUGCCACCGCUGCAGCAAUUCGCUUUCUUCAACGACUUCCGAUCAGCCAGAGGAUGCAGAUAAGAAAGAUUGUAUUGCAUGAGGAUUUGCCAUCCGUUAAUUUGCCGUCUCGUCAUACCCAAGGUUUAAUCCCCUUCUUGAAAGAGAACCCCUUGCUUCGAGCCGAGCGUCAUGCCAGUGUUCUUGGCUGUGUACUUAGCCAGCGUCCCUACAACAUUAUCGCUGACAUGGACGGUGAUGAGAACAUGCUUCCAUCGGCAGAGAUGUUGCACCGAGACUUUGAGGCCAGUAUACACUACUGGCUCCUUGAUGCUUUCGCAGUGGUGGACUCAGGCGUUAACACCAGUUGCUUCACUUUUGUUUUAGAAGCUGGGCAACACAGCGAAUACUGCGCUGAUCUUUUCCAGAAAUUCAUCCAAACAGAGAUUUCCAAGUCAAAGGCUUGGAAGAUCUGCUUGGACACUGGGCUUUUGGCAUCUCUGAGGCCAUGGAUACGGGACGACAACGCGAUCAGAUAUGCAAAGGAUCCGAGGUUUGAGAAGCUUGUUGACCUUUUGGUAAACCAAACCUCGAGCUUGCGGUGCGACUUCAACCCCGGGGUACUUUUAGAUGUAGACGCAUUGGUUGAGGAUGCCAAGGUACGGCAUGGGGAAAACAUCCUCGAUAAGUGGGUGAGCAAGCAGGAUUUGGGCGCCAUUACUUUUCCGCAUGAUCUAUACCAAGAUAUAAUGGUAGCCCCCAACUGGGAAUUUCAAACCCGGCAGGAGUAUAUUGAGUCACGGGGAAUGAAUACCAACGCGGAAGACUCAUGA